AUGAGGGCGGCGCCCUUCAGUGCCGACGGGAGCGGGGCGGGGACCAUAGAGGCGCUGCUUUGGCCGGACGGGAAGGGCGGCGGCGGACGGGACCUGCUGGUGGAGCCGACGUCGGUGCUCGACUGCAGACGGAGCCCGAGCCCGCCGUACUCGACAUCGACGCUGUCUUCGUCCCUGGGCGGCGCCGCGAGGGACUCCUCUUCCGGCGUGGCAGCGGAUUCGGAGAACAGCGCCGCCGCCGCCGAAGCCACCAAAUGGGCGGCGCCAGGCGAGCACGGCGGCGGCGGCGGCGGUGGAGGCGGGAGGAAGGAGGAGUGGUCCGGUGGUGAGCUGCCACCCAUACCGGGGACCCUGGACGUCGGGUUCGUCGGGGAGGAGGGCUGGGACGCCAUGCUCAGCGACGCCGCGGCGGUGGCCGACCAGGACCAGACAUUCCUCAACUGGAUCAUGACCGCGACGGGCGACAUGGAGCCGCCGGCGCCGGCGCUCCUCGGCAAUGCCGCCGGCUUUGGGUUCCCGACCUCGGACCCGCUCGGGUUCUCCCUGCAGCAUCACCCAAGCGGCGGCGCCUCGGCCGGGGCGCUGGCCUCCGACUUGUCGUCCCCCGGCGCGAGGUCGCUCACCAGCGGCAGUGGCAGCAAGGCCACUUCCACUUUCGGCCUCCUACCAUCCGAGGCGGUGCUUCAGCCGCCGCCGCCGCCGGCCACGACCAUGGCUUUCCACGACGGUGGCGACAUAAAGCCCCUGCUUCUUGGAGUCCCGUCGGCAAGUCUACUCAAUCAACAACAGACGCUGCGCGCGGCCUCCUUCUUCAUGCCGCUCCCCACCUUUCCCGACCAUCAGCACCAGCCACAUCUCCCGCCCCCGCCGAAGCGCCACCACUCUAUGCCCGACAACCUGUUCCUCCUCCAAAACCAGCUCCACCCGCCGCCGCCGCAGGGUCUACCAUUCCCACCACUGCAUACCACCGGGCCCUUCCAGCUCCAGCCAUCGCUGCAACCGCCGCGGGGAGCGAUGAAAACAACCCCGGCGCCGCAGCAACAUCAACAGCUUCUGGACGAGCUUGCUGCCGCGGCAAAGGCGGCUGAGGUCGGCAACUCCAUCGGCGCGCGAGAGAUAUUGGCGCGGCUCAAUCAGCAGCUUCCCUCAAUCGGGAAGCCUUUCCUCCGCUCCGCUUCCUACCUCAAGGAGGCCCUUCUCCUCGCGCUCACCGACGGCCACCAAGGCUCCACUCGCCUAACCUCCCCGCUCGACGUCGCCCUCAAGCUCGGUGCAUACAAGUCCUUCUCCGACCUCUCGCCUGUGCUCCAGUUCGCCAAUUUCACGGCCACUCAGGCGCUUCUCGACGAGAUCGCCUCAACAACUUCAUCUUGUAUCCGCAUCAUUGAUUUCGACCUUGGUGUUGGUGGCCAGUGGGCUUCCUUCUUGCAGGAGCUUGCACACCGCCGUGGAACUGGGAACAGCCCCCUGCCGAUGUUGAAGCUCACAGCCUUCGUCUCAAGUGCUUCCCACCACCCACUUGAGCUGCAUCUUACUCGGGAGAACCUCUCACAAUUUGCUGUGGACCUUGGCAUUCCAUUUGAGUUCACUGCCAUCAAUCUCGAUGCAUUUGAUCCAGCAGAACUCAUUCCUCCUACUGCCGAUGAGGUUGUCGCUGUUUGCCUCCCUGUUGGUUGCUCUGCACGCACGCCACCACUUCCGAUGCUGCUUCAGUUGGUGAAACAGCUUGCUCCUAAGAUUGUCGUGGCUAUUGACCAUGGUAGUGACCGGGGUGACCUCCCAUUUUCACAGCACUUCAUGAAUUGCUUCCAGUCUUGUAUGUUCCUUCUCGACUCACUUGACGCUGCUGGUACUAAUGCGGAUGCUGCCAGUAAGAUUGAGAGGUUUCUGAUCCAACCGAGAGUAGAGGAUGCAGUACUUGGCCGGCGUAAAGCUGAAAAGGCAAUGGCUUGGCGGGCAGUGUUUACAUCGGCCGGGUUUGCUCCAGUGCCGCUCAGCAACCUUGCAGAAGCACAAGCUGACUGCCUCUUGAAGCGGGUGCAGGUCCGAGGAUUCCACGUGGAGAAGUGUGGAAUGGGUCUAGCACUCUACUGGCAGCGCGGCGAGCUCGUGUCUGUCUCGGCAUGGCGGUGCUGA